CGUGUUUCACACUUCUGUCUCUAUUGUGUCGUCAUGGGCGUUAUUGGUAUCGGCCUCAUCGUCGCCUCUGUUGUCUGGGUACUUGUUCGUCCGCCGUCAUGGAUGCCAGAGCCGCUACAGAUCCUCCUUCGCUGGAGAGGGACUGGUUUUCCUGCUAUUGUACCCAAGGACGAGGCUGAGACUGAAGCUGAUGAUGCUGAUGCUGAUCCUGGACCCCGUAUCAUGGUGUCGGAUCACGAGGUGGAACCGGGCCCUCGACUCCGGGCUCGUCCGGCCGACAACCGUACCAUACGAGACGACGACCAGCGUCGAGACCAAGGGAAGGCUACCGCUACUGCGAUCGAUACCCCGACCUCAUCGAAGGGCCCCAGGAAUGAUGCUACGUCUAUGCCGCCGCCUCCUUUACCAAAGGUUACACCUCCAUCCCUAACCAUCGCCGAGCCCGAAGAACAAACAACUCCCAAGGCUGUCGCAUCCGAUCCUCCCUCUAUUUCCGUCCCCAGCUUCAGUCUCGACAAUGCUCCUAUUGCGCCGAGCUCACACCCCGCCCCGCGUCGGAACCCCACAGCCCCGGGUCCCGCUCUCUCCCCGAACCCAACCUCCAUGAUGCCUCCGCCUCCAGCUCCAGGCCGUCUACCUCCUCCCAAGUUCUCAGCUGCCCCACCUGCUGGUCGCCUGCCAUCACUCUCUCAGUUCCCCGCCGUGAACUCACCGCAACGCGCUCGUGGCCCUCUACCAAACCGAGGUCCUCCGUCAUCAGGUGGCCUGGCACCUCCACCUACACACUCAUCGAAACCCAGCAAGCCCAAUCGCAAGGUCCUCCUCACGCCAGGCCACUCUCCUCUCGACUGGGCUCGCAUAUCUGGACCGAAUGCCGACCUCCGUGGUGUCGAACCUCAAACAUCAUACCUGCGUGUGACUCCAUCUAUGUUGAAGCGCAUGACAGGUCGCAAGGGCAAAGAUGCUUGGAUGGCUCUGAACGGUAAGGUGUACAAUGUUACACCAUAUGCCGACUUUCAUCCUGGCGGUGUUCCUGAGUUGAUGCGUGGUGCUGGACGUGACGGCACCAAGUUAUUUGGCGAGAUUCAUCCUUGGGUCAACUACGAGACUAUGUUAUCAGCCUGUCUUGUAGGCCUUCUUGUCGAAGAAUCCGAAGGCACUGAGAGUCAAAUGGAUCAGAUGGACUGAACCAUGACAUUGAAGAUACGGCAUAGACCUUAGACGCAAGACUGCUGGCGCAUCCAUGUUACAUGAAACGAUGUUUUACAUGUAU